AUGGACCAAGAGGAGACUCCACCACCCCCGUACUCGGCCGUCGACCCAUUACUCGCACCAGCGAACAGCCGGAACAACAGCUCUUCUCAGUCUGCAAUUGCUCCCGGCGUGAGUGUCUCCCCGACGCAGGAUGCAAGUAGUUCUCGUGUCCCAACACAGCCAACGGUCGUGCCGACGCAUUUCAGAUCCGCCGCUGCGUACUUUGAGGAACGACUUCCCUUGGUCCUAGACGAGAGCCGGGAUCUUCUUCUACCACAUCAUAUGACCAUUUACCCCCGGAGCCAAGCAAAGGAUUUCCCAAGACGGCCACGGUGCUGGGCCUCGCGGUUAAAUGAGAUUACCCAGCAGGACUGGGAUACCUUCUUGAAGUACCUGUUUCCGCCGCAAUUGGGGCUCGCUGCGUCUUCUCAGCAUCUCCCUCGCCAAUUACGAGCGGAAAUUAGACGAGACCGCAAGGAUCGCCCACAGGAGACAGAUGAGCAACGGAAGGCUCGAAUCGCUGCCGUUGUCGCCGAAUGGAACGAAUGCUUUUUCGGCCUUCGCGCUACUCAUGUUGUCUUUGUCUAUGUGGGCGAACCUGAUUCUGCGCCGUCGUCCGCUUUAUGUCCCCGAUGCUAUCCAGCGGCAACAGGCUCAGUAGAAGGACAGCCUGUUCGAAGUUCAAAUGCUCCGUCGCCUGUGCCUGGGCAGCACGUUCCUUCGCCGACCGCUUGGUCCAUGCCUCCUCACGGGUUCCCCCACCCCCAAGUACAUGUACCCCUAUCUCCAUAUGGAGUAUAUGGUGUUCCUCCAUACCCUCCCCCUAUAUCCCCUAACCAACCGCCUCAAUAUUACCCCCAUCCACCACAAGGCGCAUGGCAAUGGAACAAUUGGAACUACCCGCAGCAGCAACUCCAGUAUCCGAAUAAUGGCACCAAGGGUGGGACCCGUGGGUGGAUUUCACAGAUCGCAUCACAAGCGCAGAAGUAUGGAGAGCGGUUCAGCGAACAGGCACUACAAUAUGGAGACCACAUCAGUGCACAGGCACAGCACUAUGGACGGCAAGUUGAGGAGCAGGCUCUUGCGCAUGGCCGCUGGAUUGAAGAACAAGCAAGGCUCCAUAGUCGAAAAGCACCAAUGACUGGACCUCAGUACGGUGGUGGCUACUACACGCGGCCGGCCUGGGAUAACUCGCCUCGUCCCAUAGCCAACGUCCCAAUGACACCCAUUCAAAGCCCCAGCCCUACAAGCCCUAACCCGACGAGUCGGCCUGAGACAAUCGACCAGAUCGAUAGCAACAAACCUAAGCCCUCAACAGAACAGCUUCUGAUAGAGCCUCCCGCGACCGAACGCACCAGACGAGUAUCAGUGAGCUCUGUCUCAUCCGAGUCCUCCUUCAGUUCAAUUGACUCCAUCUCGACAACAUCAGACCUGAGCGUUUCGGACCUUGCCACAGUGCGCACUCAGUUGGAACUUCUAGACGAUCGUCAUGAUCGAGUAUUGUACGAGGCCGCCGUUGAUCUCCGCCGGCAACUCUCAGUCCUGCAAGAGUCCCGUCGAGAAGCCAAGUUCUCUGGUAAGAACAACUGGCGAGCCGGUUUCAACCAAAGCCAACAAAAUAACCAACAAUCCGAUGACACGGAUUGGGGCCGCUGGGACUCACCCGAGCAGCAGCAACGCAACUCCGUCGAUAGACGCGCCAUGAAAGAAGAAAUGCGCGCCACCAAGAAAGCGUUCCGUGACACGCUGCGCCGAGCGCGAGAUGAGCAGCGCGAACGCCGACGCACUCGACGCCGCCAAGUCCGGCAAGCUCGCGCUAAUGACGGCGACAAGGCGAAACAUAUGCAUGACCAGCCGCUAGAUCAGCAGCUUGGGACGUUGCGGCUGAAGGAUUCUCGGCAAUCUAACCCACCUAUGCCUCCACGUCCUGCCAGCACACAAACGCAGCCUAGUCCGGUUUCUACGCCGAAUAGCUCGAAUGUUGGCUUUGGAUUUGCUUCCAGUCCUCCCUCCCCUGCUCUCUCACGGCCAAGUACGCAGGACUUGCCACCUACUGGGGAUUCUGCCGCCUCUGGGAAGAAAGGGAAACCGGCUGACACGUCCAGUCGGUUAAAGGAUCUUCUGUUGCCGCGCAAGGCGAAAAAGCAACAGUCGAAGGAGGAUGAUGCGGGAAGUAAAUGA